GGAUUCUCUCAAAUUGCUUGAGUUAUACAAAGUUAGUAACGGAUUACAAUAGCCAACAAUAUCCACGUCGCUGCUCUGUUUCAGUAGAAACAACCUCCUCAAAGAACACUUUACAAGGAACCCAUCAAGUUGCAGAGCUGUUUCCCACUAUGCCUUCUCCCUGGUCACUACCGUGCUUAUUAAUCAAGCUGGCAUGCUUAUGGGGCCUCUGCCUGGCCCAGUAUGAGAUCAUAGGCUACCCGCCGGGUUACCCCGACCCCUCCAUCGAACACUACACGGCCCCGGUGCUGCCGCCUGAUACACCCAGGAUACAGCUGCGCCUGGCGGGGGACAAGCGCAAGCACAACGAGGGUCGGGUAGAGGUGUACUACGAGGGUGAAUGGGGCACCGUCUGCGAUGAUGAUUUCACCAUACAUAACGCGCACGUGGUGUGUCGGGAGCUUGGCUAUGUGGAAGCUGUUUCCUGGGCCCCUUCAUCAAAGUAUGGGAAAGGAGAAGGACGCGUCUGGUUUGACAACGUCCACUGUACUGGGACGGAGAAGACUCUGGCCCUCUGUGACUCGAAUGGAAUCGGAGUGUCUGACUGCAAGCACACUGAGGAUGUGGGCGUCCUAUGCAGUGACAGAAGGAUUCCAGGAUUCAAGUUUAUCAACACUUUGACGAACAAUAUAGAUAAUUUAAACAUCCAUGUGGAAGACGUCCGUAUCCGAGCGAUUCUGUCCUCGCUCCGCAAGCGCACGCCAGUGACGGAGGGCUACGUCGAGAUCAAAGAUGGCGGUCGCUGGAGGCAGAUCUGUGACGAGGAGUGGACACAGAUGAACAGCCAUGUCAUAUGCGGCAUGUUCGGCUUCCCAGGGGAGAAGAAAUACAACACCAGAGUCUACAAGAUGUUUGCUCGCAGGAGGAGGCCGAACUACUGGGACUACGCGGUGAACUGCACUGGGAGUGAGGCCCACCUCUCGGGCUGCACGUUGGGCAAGGCCCUGGCCUCCAAGGGCAACCAGACGUGCGGGCAGGGUCUUCCCGUGGUGGUCAGCUGCGUCCCAGGACGAUCCUUCGCCCCGGCUCCCAUGACGGGCUUCAGAAAGGCCUUCAGACAUGAGCAACCCCUGGUGCGUCUGAGAGGUGGUGCGGUGGUGGGGGAGGGCCGUGUGGAGGUUCUGAAGAAUGGCGAGUGGGGAACCAUCUGUGACGACAAGUGGAACCUACUGGCUGCCACCGUGGUGUGCCGGGAGCUAGGCUUUGGCAGCGCCAAGGAGGCCCUGAACGGCGGGAGGCUCGGACAAGGAAUGGGUCCCGUCCAUUUGAACGAAGUCGAGUGCACUGGCUUUGAGAAGUCCAUCACGGAGUGUUCCUUCACCAUGGACAACGAGUCUCUGGGCUGCAGUCACGAGGAGGAUGCGGGGGUGCGCUGCAACAUUCCUGCCAUGGGCUUUCAACAGAGGCUGCGUCUGAGUGGAGGCCGGAGCCCGUUUGAGGGGCGCGUGGAGGUGCAGGUGGAGAAGAACGGCUCCCUGGUGUGGGGCACGGUGUGCAGCGACGGCUGGGGCACCAUGGAGGCCAUGGUGGUGUGCCGCCAGCUGGGGCUGGGCUUCGCCAGCAGCGCCUUCCAGGAGUCGUGGUACUGGAUGGGUUUUGUGAAUGCAGACGCGGUGGUAAUGAGUGGCGUCAAGUGUUCGGGGACAGAGAUGUCAUUAUCGCACUGCCUCCACCACGGAGAAUUCCUGUCCUGUCCCCGGGGAGGAGGACGUUACGCCGCCGGCGUCUCCUGUUCUGAGACCGCCCCGGACCUGGUGCUGAACCCGCAGGUGGUGGAGGAGACCACCUACCUGGAGGACCGGCCCAUGUUCAUGCUGCAGUGUGCCUACGAGGAGAACUGCCUGGCCAGCUCGGCCAGCUCCACGCCCGCCAACUCCUUCCGGCGCCUGCUACGCUUCUCCUCGCAGAUCCACAACAACGGCCAGUCCGACUUCCGGCCCAAGCUCAACCGCGAGUCCUGGGUCUGGCACGACUGCCACAGACACUAUCACAGCAUGGAGGUCUUCACCCACUAUGACCUUUUCAGCCUGAAUGGUACCAAGGUGGCGGAAGGACACAAGGCCAGCUUUUGUCUGGAGGACUCCGAGUGUGAUGAAGGUAUCGAGAAGAGGUAUGAGUGUGCAAACUUUGGAGAUCAAGGCAUCACCCUGGGUUGCUGGGAUACGUACAGGCACGAUAUCGACUGCCAGUGGGUGGACAUCACUGAUGUCAAGCCAGGAGAUUACAUAUUCCAGGUUCAACUCAAUCCCAACUAUGAAGUUCCUGAGUCAGACUUCUCCAAUAACAUUGUGAAGUGCCGAGUUCGAUACGAUGGCCACCGCAUAUGGAUGUAUAGCUGCCACAUAGGUGGCUCCAUGAGUGCCGAAGUGGAGGACACCUUCCCUGGUCUCCUGAGUAACCAGGUGACCCACAGGUAAAAGGAGAGCGCGGUUCAACCGAAGAACGAGGGACUCCCAUCCAUCAUGCCCCCGUCACAGCCGUGAGCCUAUCCAACGCCCCCUACAACCACUACAGCCCCUUAAGUUUUUUCUCUUGAGCACUCUCGAACUCCUCAGAGACGCAAGACAUGGUACAUCUCAUCGUACAGUUUGUGGUACACCAUCCUUUAACCUCUUCAUGCAGAGCCUCCGUUACAACCUUUAUUGUCCCAAA